ACAGAGCGCUUAUAGUAACAAGGUGUCAGCUAGCUCAACUCGUGCAGAAGGUCGAGAGAGGAUGGAGAAAGGUAGAGUGAGGGAAGAGAGGCCUCGUUCGAGGUCUCCCCAGGCCAGGAGGGAGAUCACGAAGCCCAUGUCUGCAGUCGAGGAGGUCAUCAAAGAGUCACCACAAUACGUCGUGGACAGGGAAAAGACUUGUCCAAUGCUGCUUCGUGUGUUCUGCAGCAUGGGGCGUCAUCACAGAUUGGAUGAGUUCAACAGAAACAGUGUUCCUUCCAAUGAGCUGCAGAUAUACACUUGGUUGGACUGCACUCUGCGAGAGAUGAUGACACUCAUCAGAGAGGGUGACCCCAGACACAAGGCCAGGUACCAUGUUCCGUUCUCCAUCCACCGUGUACCCUGACCCACCGCCGGGGAGCUUCCUCCGGAUGAGGAUCUCUGGCCGGGCAGACUUGCUGGGGGAGGAGGGACAUACGACAACAUUACCCUCCAUUCCAGCAGCAAAGUUUCAAAGUCGUGGAGCUAUGUAGACGUGGCUAUACUCUCUAGGCCACCCAGAGGUCGACUCUACAAGCGUAGUGUGACCUGGUGUUCAUGAUACACCUGCUUAUAUGCUUCUUUCUUUCUUCGAUGAUGUUGCUUUUCAUGGUACACUGUGCCAUUG